AUGUUCUCCAGUAAUGUCGCAGCUCACCCCUCUGUCGCUGCCUUGCGAAACCCACGUCGGCGGCAGAGAAGCAACGCAGAUGAGUCGGUGAAGCCCCCCAAAGCAAAACGACAACGCUCGACGUUGCGCCAGGAUGACAGAGAACCUGCUGUGGUCAAACACCUUGGCGAGGGGCAGUCGCUACAGGAUGACGAGAAUGGGCCGGAGGAGAUUUCAAGUCGACCGGUGACAGUGAGCGAACUCGCGCUGAGAGGACCUAGGAAGCAGGAGAAACGCGGAGGUCUUACGGACGGUACUAUUACUCUUUCCAGCAACGACUUCUACACCGUUUCGCACCUACCUUCGUUACCUGAGCAGAUCAAGGAAAACCCAACAGCGCCAUUGAGAUAUACAAUUAGCUCGUCGAAUGGAUACUGCCUUGCCCUUUCGCAACAUGAAGCUAUCGUUUGGCCGUACACAAUUCCCCCCCAGUCCCUCACUCCAAGCACCGUCCUUCAGUUUGCUAUCCCGUGCCCGGCGAGGCAUUCCGAUGACCCUCUUCCCUUAGGGACGCUUAUAUCCAAAUCUGCUGAAGGCAACCCAGGCUUGAUGGUUGUUGUUCCAUCAACGGGAAAAAUUACUCUUUGGGAAACCGUUUCGAACGCUGCCAUUCUUGGGCUCAUGAAACAAAGACAAAACGGAAUUCAAGGGCACAUACCUGGCAUGUUAUCCGGAGAGAUGGCUACGGAAAUCAUUAACGCCGAACCUUCGGGAAUUAUCAUUGCGUUAUCUACUGGUCGCCUCGCCCAUGUGUCUAUUCGCGAUUCACAAGGCAAACCUGGCAUUUCUGUUCAAUUGCUUCAUGGGAUAUCACGAGGGAGUAAUGUUGGCUUCUUUGGGGGAAUCAGAAGUGUGCUCUCUGGUAGCUCAUGGAAAAGAAAAAUCGCGGCUGCUAAGGCUGGCAUGUCGUCCCAACGCGGUCAGCGCGAUAUUAUAAUAGCUACCAGCGCGGGGGAGUUUGAGCUGUGGGAUAUCCACUGGAAUAACGGGAACUCUCUCAAGGCGCAGGUUGAUGCGAAGCAAUCCAUUCUACAAGCUCUGAGACGUACGGUGGAUGUCUCUGAAGACGAUGCCCAAAAUACUUUCCAGGUUUACGAUUUCGCGUUUGCUAAUGGGGACCCCAAUCACUACGCUCCUGGGGAUGUAAACGAUGUUGAUUGUGCCAUCUCUCUUUGGGCGCUGGUCGGGGUCUGUCAAAAUUCGUCCUUGUCGUAUUUUGUUGUCGGCCUGAGGAUUGCGGGUUCCACAGCGACUGCUGAUGUUGUCAACCCCCUUCAACUUCGAAAUAACGCCGUGGAUUCUGGUGCUCUUUGGACACCACUCCUUUGUGUCCCUAAACCUGGAGGCUGGGCGUUUGUAAUAUUCGACAGGGGGUUGGUGAUCAUAUCCCUUGUACCGCUUGUUGAUCCAGUAUCGGCCCAACUUCUAGAAGAGAGCCACGUGAUGGAUUCAAAUUUCCAAGAUUAUAUCCGGCUCAAAGAUGGAAAUGGGUACGCCGUCCAGGGGUGUAGUCCCGAGGAUUCCGAUGCCGACCAUAAAUAUCCGUCAUGCAUCCUCAUGAUUCGCAACUUUGGCCUCAUUCGGGUAUCUGCUCUGCCCAGGCCGCCCUCCAAUAUUGCCGAUGGGGCAAAGAUUACCGCUAAAUCGCGACUCGAGCAGAUCGUAUUUUACGGUAGCAUGAAAUCGAACCCUCUUGAAUUUGUUGGUUAUGAUGAGCUUCGCUCUGCUCCCGCUGAGCUUGAACAAGCUGCAUUACAAAUAAGUGACGAAAUUCUUCGGUCUAACUCGAAAUUCAUCCCGACCACCAUCCCAUCCCUGGAGCAGUAUAUGAAAAUGCGAGCUUCUGCACUUCAUGAUUUAGCUCUAUACAUACAACGAUUCCAUGUAUAUUUUUCCCCUUUGGCGAGGUGGAAGCUCUUGUGGGGAGCAGAAAAAAUGGCAGCUCAACGAGCUAUAUGGAAGGUACAACAGGGAAACGAAGAACAUCCUACCAGCAACCGGACACAUCUCGACUUCAUUAUUUCAAAAAUGGGAGACAAUCACAAAACGAAAAUUGAGCCGGGAAGCGGCGAAACCGACAUUGUGCGGCAUUGGUUUAUUCAUGAUACGUGGAGAAUGGAAUACAUCAUCCCGUGGAUCUUAAACGGGCUUCGAAAAGAAGAUAGCAAUACGUCGCGUGCGGUUGACAGGCAAUUUGCGGAGAGGGUUUGCGAGGCUUGUGACUUGUCAUUGGCUGCACUGGAAACAGCCUUUCAAUUCCGAGAGGAUAGUGCCGCCCUAUACGGAGUAGGCGAAGGAUUUAUGGACGACGAUGCAGCUAUCGUGGCGCAGUAUAGUGCUUUACCUGAGUUUUGGACGUCAACGCAAAUUAAUUAUUCAGAAACCGAACAGCUCUUGGAUCUGGAACUCAACAUCUGUCGACGUCGCCCUGCUACAACAGCAGCUACUGGAUCAGAUUCAUCAACUACGAGAACCAGCAAGGUUCUCGACACUAUCAAAGAAAAUAUCCCCAGGCAAUUCCGUGCAUUUGCAUUGCUACACAAAGAGCGGACUAUGUGGUGUGCAGCGCAGAAUGACUCGGAGAUCCAGAGUAGUGGGAAAAUGCUUGAGAAAUCGCAUGUGGAGAAUCGCAAACCACAGUUGUUUAAACUGGCAGCGAUUGGCUUGCUGGAAGAUGCAAUUACCCUUGCGGAAUCCUUCCGAGAUAUGGAUGCGUUGGUGGAACUUAUGGUCGACUUGCACGAGCAAAUAAAAGAGCAGAGGCCACCAAGACGAUCAGAGGACGAUAGCCCAGUACUCGAUGAAGGAACGAAAGUCUGGAAACGGAGAAUUGACAAUUAUUUCGAACGAUUUGGUGACGCCUGGGCUGAUGCUUUCUUUACCAGACACAUCACCGUCGGCCAGCCAGAAACGCUUUUCAUAAUGCAGGAGUACCAGGGAGCGGUUACGAAAUUUUUACGAAGCCACCCAGCGUAUUCAAAACUGAGCUGGAUCAAUGAUAUUGUUGGGGAGCGUGAUUAUAAAACCGCAUGCACGACCCUGCAGCGCUUAGCGAUUGAACAAGAAACCGACAUCUGGAGCAAGCGCGUCGAAAUAUCGCUUGCCAAAUUAGCCAAACUAGCAGAAUUCGAAAAGGCUGGAUCUGCGCCAGCAAGCCUGCACGACGCUGUAAGGCCGUUCGACCAACUUAUGGAAACAUGUAACAUUCAAGAAUUGAUCUACGAACAUGUCCUCCCAACACUACAUGGUGCUAUCGAUGACGGGGCCGCUCUCCAACUCGCCACCGAACAGUUUGGAAACAACGUCGUGCGCGGCAAGCCAGCUCUCCGUGCCCUUCUCCAGCGUUGCCUCGCCAAACUCGUUACUAGAUCACCAAUGGAGCCAGAGGAACUCAUCAAUCUGCUGACGUUGAUGGAUCCCGUUCGGUUCCUUGAAGGUGGAGAAGAGGAAGAUAGCAUUGGCGGGCAUGAAUUUUUCUUCGCACUCACCGUUCUCAAGAUGGGAAAUUUCCAUCAUCAGGACCAGCAAGCGCACGAGUACCGCGACGGUUUGGAAAGACUCAUCUGGCGUCGUUGUAUGAUUCGUGAUAAUUGGGAGGCUAUCAAUCGGACAGAGAAGAAGGGGGAUAGAGAGGUUGAGUCGAAGGUUCACGCGACGGCGUUAGCAGAGACUAUGAGACAGCUUGCUGAAGUACUUGGCGAGGAUGUUCGCCUGACCCGCCAAUCUUACACCCCCUCGCGUAUUCUUGAAUCAAACAUUUUCCCUUCAAUGUCCCAUGCAGGCAUGCCUCCGGAUCAGCAGAUUAGCUACCUUCAGGAGUUGGAUGCAGAGGCUGACUUGCUACGCACAUACGUCGAGAAGGGAAAGCUUGACGAGUGGUUCUCUUGGAUUAUUAGUGAGACGACGGGACGGUUUUCAACACCUGUUCGCGAAGGAGGUAAUAAUCCUGGUGGCCACUGA